UGAUGAGGUCAUUAUAGUUACAUGAUGAGGUCAUUAUAGUUAGGUGAUGAGGUCGUUAUAGUUAAGUGAUGAGGUCAUUGUAAUCAGGUCGUUAAAGUUAGGUGAUGAGGUCGUUAUAGUUAGGUGAUGAGGUCGUUAUAGUUAGAUGAUGAGGGCGUUAUAGUUAGAUGAUGUACGUAUGAUGGACUAUUUUAUAAAUAUUUGAUCAUAUUUGAUCAUUAGUAACAUUCAUGUAUCUGUUCUUGUCUUUCUGGGUCGACAGUAAAACCUCUUCCUCUCCUCAGACGGCUUGCUGUUCAUCGUAACGACUCUUUCAUUCUGUCAGAACGCCAUGGAGGUCAAACGCUUCACCUUCAAUCCAAAGGAGGGCAUUGAUAAUCCAGCUCUAGUGAUCUCUGAUGACCCAGAGCCUGAUUGGACUCUGGUGCCCAGACUGUGUCAGCUGAAGCGUGUUGACGAGCAGAGCUUCGGCUUCAACCUGAGAACGGACCUGAGCGGCAGGGCAUUAGAGGUCAGAAAUGUGCAGCCUUGGAGUCCUGCAGAACACGGCGGCCUCAGAGACGGAGACCGGGUUCUGGAAGUGAACGAGGAACAUGUGGAAAACAGAGACUUCAGCAGGGUGAGGGUCCAGAAUCAGGUGGUGAGGAAGAUCCAGACAUGUGGCCUCCACCUGUUCCUCCUGGUGUUAGGGGGCAACGAGUAUAAACAGGCGCGGUCUCUCAGUGUGGACAUGCAGACGCUGGUUAAAGCCUCAAAGGGGGACGGCUGGUCCAGACCCAGAUUGUGUCACAUCAAGAGACACCCUGAGCUGGGUCUGGGGAUGUCUGUGGUGUCAGUGGAAGGGCAGAAGGGGCGGUUCUCUGUCAGCACCGUGUCCCACGGCCCGGCAGAGAAAGCCGGGGUCAGGACCACAGACAGAUUGAUCUGGAUCAACGGGCUGAAGACUUCAAUGCUCACACACUCGGCUCUGAGCAGAACCGUGAAUAAGGGCGGCGACUCCGUGACGGUGCUGGUCAACGACAGUGUGAGUGAGAGCUGUUACAUCAGGAAGAAAGUGCCCGUCCUGCCGGUGCUGUCGAAGCGCUGCAGCCUCCCUCACACCGCCAAAACCAUGAGUCUGCAGAAAGGACCGGACGGAUACGGCUUCCUGCUGCGGCAAGAGAGGCUGGCAGGAAGUCGACGCAUCGUCCACAUGCUCAGAGAGGUGGAUGCUGGGAGUCCAGCAGAGGGGGAGGGGAUGGAGGAUGGAGACCUGCUCCUGGCUGUGAACGGGGAACCUGUGGAGUCUGUGGAGCAUGAGGAGAUUGUGAGAAAGAUCCGAUGGAGCGGUGAUAAAGUGGUCCUCACGUCUGUCUCCAUACAUGGCAGAGAGUUCUACAGACAGCUCGGCGUCUCGCCUCUCUUCUUCCAUCCUGAGUUCUUAGACUGGGACGACAAACAGCGGCCGGCGUCUCACUGUGCUGAGGACCACAGAGACUCUCAGAGAGAUCAGAGUGUGGGGCCGGGCUCAGGCGUCCCCCUCAGGUGUGUCUUUGAUCCCACGUUAAGGGCACAGACGUCACAGAGAUCAGCUGAUGCUUUCUUGUGAUCAAAAGAUGAAGGAGCAGAGACUUCCACAGAGAGAUUAAAGCAGAGUUUUAUUCUUUUUAUGAAUAUAAUAAAAGUAUCAUGUCAGAUGUAAGCUGUAAAAUAUGUUUUAAAGAUGUUACCAUAUCAAAUCCUGUUUCUUCUUCUUCUUCUUCUCUAAAUGAUAUAAACUCCUCGUGACCCUGAACUACGACAGAACCUGAAGGUAGUUCAUCCGGAUCUCUGAGGUGAUCCUCAGGGUCAAAACAGGACCUGCUCCCUUACUUUGACUAAAACCACUUGGUGGGAACGAGGUUUGGUUUAGUCUGAUUUGGUUUAGUCUGGUUUGGUAAGACUAACUCUGAUCUUGUUUGUGUCUCCGCAGCCAAUCGUACCCUUACUUGGUAGGCGGAGUUUGAGCCGGAUAGCGAUAGUGGCGUCAUUACGUAAUAGUGUGACAUCAUAGCAGUCCAACACGGUGCAGCCCGCCAUAAAUUCAAAGAGGAAGAACGUGACACAGUAAACAAAGGGCAACAAUGGAGGACGUCCAGCAGAGGUCAGCACAUCCAGAGUCGUCCAUGGGGGCGGAGCUACACGCUGACAUUAGUCACAGAAACAAAACCGCCUUGAGACUACUCAGCAAAUCCAGAGGAAAUUUAAAAAUGGCAUGUUUUGUGGUUGUUAUUACCGCUGUCACACAGAAAAUGCACACAGAUCAUGAUCAAUCAGCUGACUGCAGUGUGUCUAGCUCCGCCCUUUAGGGUCGGAUCAGGACGCUUUGCAUUUUAACAGAAGGUCAGCAAAAAGUCGGACGGUACGGAUCGGUUAUUUGGUGCCAUUCAAAACUUUUGAAAGAGGAAAUGCCAAUAAAUGUGAAUUGAACCAAGCCGGACUGAACCAGACCGGACUGAACAAGACCAGACUGAACCAGACCAGACUGAACCAAACCGGACUGACCCACACCAGACUGAACCAGAUCAGACUGAACCAGACCAGACUGAACCACACCGGACUGAACCACACCGGACUGAAGCAGAUCAGACUGAACCAGACCAGACUGAACCAGAGCGGACUGAACCAGAUCAGACUGAACCACACCGGACUGAACCACACCGGACUGAAGCAGAUCAGACUGAACCAGACCAGACUGAACCAGAGCGGACUGAACCAGAUCAGACUGAACCAGACCGGACUGAACCAGACCGGACUGAAGCAGAUCAGACUGAACCAGAUCAGACUGAACCAGACCGGACUGAACCAGAUUAAAGCGGACCGCUAGGUGGAAACGGCGUUUUACAGCGCUCCAGAGUUUAAUAGACACAUCUGUGUACAGUUUGUGUUUAUAUAAGUUUUAUUCAAAUUACAGUUCAUCUGAUGAAAACAUCAAAUAUACAAACAUGGUUUAGGACAGCAGAUCAAAUGAAUCCAGAGAGUUCAGUCGUUGCUGCGUGGGCGUUCGUCUCAAAGUUUGUCAGGUAUGAUAAGAACUUGAAAGUUCUCCAGAAAAAAAGAAUCAUUUGAUUCAAGUAACUUCAUCCAACACAAAAUCAACCACACCAGAAGUAUCUACAAAGAGUUCAAACAGGCGACUUGGAGGGAAAGCGACGACUUCAACCGCUGCUGGCUGCGUUCAUUCCUGAGUAAAGGCCCGUUAAACAUCCGCCUGCACGCGUUUGAGAACUAUGAAUGGCUGAGGAAUUCUUUCAUCUAUAACCCAGUUAUUCAUCCGAACAGUUGGACUGCCGUGUGUCACAUGAUAGAAAUAGAAAUAAUAUCAUUCUGAAGGUGAAGCUCAUACUCAGAGAGCCGGAGUCACAUUAAAGUAAUUCUGGGUACGGUGGCCUAAGAGGAGCUAAAUACACUGACACAAAUGGGAAACCAAUCGAAGAAGAAAUAAAUCAAACUGUUUAAAAGUGCAUGUUUUUAGUCGAUUCAUUGUACGGCCAUGAACAGAUUCAAUAAAAGGUCACCUGCAUUCUUUCUAGUGUCCAGCAGGGGGGCAGAAUCAGUCUGAUUGUUCAGAAGUCGCUGAUUAAAGGUUGAAGUAUUCAACAAG